UUUUGAAUUUCUUAAAACUGAAUUUUAAAUGGUGUAUUAAAUAUUAAGAUUUUUACGGGUUAUUAUAACUGCAAAUACCGAAGCAUUAUUGUUUUUAAACAAAUGAUACACUGCUCGCUUAAAAAUUAGGUAGACAGAAAUGAUUGUUUCGCAAAGAAUUACAACAUGUUCGCAAAAGACAAGCAAAGGUGCUGGUGGUAAAUUUAAAACAAGCAACACUUCGAAACUUCCGUUAAACAAAAGUGGCAUUCCAAGGCCAUCACUUUCCAGCAGCCUCAAAAGAUCCGGCUGUGGAAAAGUAACAAAAUUAAAAACAAUGACUUCAAAUGUGGCUGGAAAAAAGCGAACUGUGCAUGAAAAUCGUGGAAAAGAUGAAAAACUGUCCAGGUUCAGUUAUGCUGUUGGUGGAAAAGUAAAAGAAGUGAAGGUUGUCACAAACUCAAAACAUGAAACACACAAUUUCUUAAAACCUUCAUCAAAGUUGACAUUUCUUGAACCGAGAGUGCCCAAAAAAUUGGCGAACAAACCCAACCCACGGUUGCCAUUGGUUACGGUGAAUAAUUCAUCUCCUGUUGUAAAAAAGGAACGCCCAAAAUCGAAAUUUGAGUUGGAGAAAGAGAACAAUGCAGACAUUGACUUUCAACCUGACACUGAUGCAUUAAACAGUAUACUUAAUGAUAACGGAAUCCCUACUAACUUCACACAGACCAGUGCGUCACGAUCAAGUACAGCAUUAUUGUUACCUGAUGGCCGACCAUCAUUAUGUAGAAGGGUUCCUGUGCGUCAACCUAAACAACCUCGCCCUUCCUUCACUGGACCUGCCCGUGUAUUAUCCAACAAAAAAGGUACAAGCACACAAUUCUCCAGUCAAAGCAAUGCAUAUGGCCCAUCAUCAUAUGCAAGACAUUCCUUGUAUGAUGUAGUACAUGGUAGAUACAGCAACCACCAGAAUAUUGAUAACUCGAGGUUUUCUCUUCAACAAGGUAAACAGCAGAAUUCUAAUCUUUCCGCUGGCUUUUCAAGAAAUGUUAUUCCAACUAUCAACACACCAAACACUCCCCAGAGAGUGUUUAAGAAAAGUGUGAGAGUAUCUGCAUCACCAGUUCUACGAGUGGCAUGCCCUGUUAUAUCUACUCCUCUGCCUAGAAGAAAACAUAUCAAAAAUAAACAAAGGGCAGUUACAUGGGCAGAUGAGAAAUCACCAUGUGUGCAGGGCAAGCUGGCUGUUCACUUGUUUGAGGAUUCUCCUUCAGAUAAAAAGAUAAAUAAGAGCAAAGUUUCGAUCAUAAAAUCGGGAAAACACUACAAGCGUAACUCCCUUACCCCGCCAGUGAUGAAAAAAGAGAAAAACUCUGUUUUGGAUAAAGAUUGUGAGAUUGAGAUAGUCAGUCCUCCCACUUUAAAUGCACAACCGCCUCAACUUAAUUUGGAAACUCAAACUCAAGAUUCAAAAUCAUUUAAAGAAAUAUCAAACAAACCAACUGAGGCAAGCAACAGCAUUUCUCAAUUCAUUAAACCUGCUGCAAAGAGUCAAAUACCGCCACGAAAAGCACUCACAAAGCAAAAACUUGCCAGCCCAGAUGGAAAUACCUUCGUAAAAUCUAACCCAGCUGCAUUUAUACCCAACCAAAAGAACGCGCCAAGUCAAAAAUCUGAAAAAAUAAAUCAAAUACUUGCCAGUCCCACUGAAAGCAUCUUUACAAAAACUUAACCUUCAGCAAGGUCACCCAACCAAGAGAACACACUAGGUCAAAAACCAAGAAAUACUCAAGAAAAUAAUCCAAUUGAGAGCACCCUACCCUUAAAGCCCCAACGAAGUCCUAUUGAAAAGCAGGACGAUGUAGUUUCAGUUGACACAGUGCUCUCACUUAUGAACCAGCAGUUGCUCAAAGUAAAACGCAGAAGUGUACAAGCAGAACUCGCCAGCGCACUUAAACUUGUAACUAAGACCUUAAAACCGGACGCUCCCGUUUACGCCAAGAUUUUGGAGGUGGAUGAAAGGGAACAAUCGCCGUCGAUUGUAAACAAGAUGCAUGAGGUCACACCAACAAGCUCAAAAAACCCUCCAAUCCCUAAAGAUGUUCGAAUCUCCCCGGAAGACGUGCAGAAGAUCAGAGUCAGUUACGAAAAGACGAAUCGAAGUCUUGAUGAGAUCGUCAUGGAAACAGAAAGGAUUAAUAAAGAGUUGCAACAGUUACAACUUGACAAAGAAAAACUGAAUUUGUUUCGAAACCAAGCCAAGCUUGGGAGCACAUCAACUCAACCAAAUCAAACACCUCCAGUACAAUCUAACACGGAUACAAACACUGUAAAAACUAAUCCAUCAGCGACACCAGUAUUUAAAGUCCCUACACCCGCAAACCAGUACCCGAAUUCAAAAUCUCCAGUAUUAGCUACGGUUACAAAGAUAAAGCAAGUCACUCCCAAAUCCAGUUCAGAGAUUUUGAGCCCAAAAAUGGAGUCUACACCUCAGAGCUUGGGCUCGUUAAGUCCGCAGUUGAUCUUGGCACAGUGCGGACGACCUUUGUCCGAAAAAUUUGAAGAAAUCAUGUCCCCUGUUGAAAGCUCAGUUCCCAUAGUGCAUGGAACGCAUCAUAGUAGCCCAUUGUUAAGUCACGCAAAAACGGACCAAUCAGAGAGGAGUUCUGCAACAUUUGAAUCAGAAAAUGUAAAAUCUCCUUUUUCGGAUUUAUUUAAAAAAUUCCGGUUAGAAAAUUUGACAUUGGAUUCUGAAAAAGUUGCUAUGAAUACUAAAGAUACAUUUUCAUUGGUAUCGACACCAGAAGUACCACGUCAUGAACUUGUUAGUGUUGACAUACAGAAAUCUUUACCAGUGUUGCCCAAUCUGAAUGAAAGUGACCAAACCUAUAGCUGUUUAAAUGUACCUGGCAACACUGAAGCCCAGACUCCAACAAUAGAAGAAUCUUUUAAUUUUAAACCACAAGAAAUUGAAAACAAGGAAAACCAAUUUUCCAGUUUCAACUUUAGUAAAAACAUGACCUCAGCGUCACCGAAACUUUACAACCCCAUCCCAGUGAUUCCAUUCCAACCUCAAACACCCGUGGCUUUCCGUGCAUUGAGGCAAACAUACAGGCUCAAUAGAAUGAGAGAGGGCGUGUUUCAAGAGAGUCCGAAAAC